AUGUCGAGGAUCAAUGCAAAAACCACAUUUGAGGCGUCGCGAACGCUGCGCCCUAUCUACACAGGAGGAAGCACAUCACUAGAUGCCAGCGGCCGCAUCCUUGCAACGUGUGUCGGAGAAGAUGCGCUCAUUGUGGAUCUUACUACAGGCAACCAGUUGGCCAGCCUGGAAGGUGAUGGAGAACUUAUUACUAGCUUAGCAAUCACACCGUCGGCAUCUCACGUUGUCGUCUGCUCGAGAUCUAUGUCCAUGCGCUUUUACUUUUUGACAUCUUUCGACAUCAACGGCAAAGGCUCAAUAGAAACUACUCUGCUAAGAACUGUCAAAGCUCACACCUCUCCCGUGGUCACUACAUCCAUCGAUCCAACUGGUACUCUUCUAGCCACUGGAGGUUCCGACGGAUCUAUCAAAGUAUGGGAUAUUAGGGGCGGAUUUAUUACACAUACAUUUCACGGACAUGGAGGAGUGGUAACCGCACUCAAUUUCUUCGAAGCCAUUACAAACGUGGAUGAGCACAACGGAGCCAAACGAACCAAGAAACAGAAGGAUGGCGAGGAGGAAGAGACAGAAAAAUCCAUAACAAUCCGGCUAGCAUCUGGUGACGAAGAGGGCAAAGUGCGAGUUUGGGAUCUGCACAAGAAAAAACCGAUUGCUUCCUUAGAGUCACAUGUUUCGGUGGUGCGCAGUUUGUCCUAUUCUCCAGUCGAGAAUGCACUGCUUUCGGCAUCCCGCGACAAAACAGUUAUAAUCUGGGAUGCGCGAACUUGGAAAAGUCGUCGCAUAAUACCAGUUUUAGAAAGUAUAGAGUCCGCUGGAUUCAUCUCCGGCAGCGGUCUUUGCUUCACUGGUGGCGAGCAAGGUGUUUUGCGCAUUUGGGAUGCCAACAGAGGAGGAGAAAUCAUCCAACAACAGGAAGAUGGAUCCGAAACCGACGCUAUUGUUACAACCCAAUAUGCUCCAGGAUUGCCGUUUGUUGUUACUGUUCAUGCAGAUCAAACACUCCGUCUCCAUUCUAUUGAACCUUUAGCAGAUUACAAACCAGGCUCGUCGUUAGAACCUUUGCCAAUUAUCAGAAGAAUUUCUGGAAACGAUGAUGAAGUCAUCGACUUGGCUUAUGUUGGCCCAGAGAGAUCGCUCCUGGCAAUGGCGACAAAUACUGAAAGCAUUCGUGUUGUGUCUAUCACAGUCCCUGACCAGAACGCGCAACAAAACGCAACUAGUGAUAGCUAUUUUGGAGCCGAUGUCACAUACUUGGAGGGACACGAAGAUAUCAUUAUCUGUCUGGACGCUGAUUGGUCUGGAUAUUGGCUCGCUACCGGGGCCAAAGAUAACACAGCACGUCUCUGGCGUCUUGAUCCCGCAACUUCAUCUUAUACAUGUGCGGCAGUCCUAACAGGACAUGCUGAAUCACUAGGAGCAAUUGCACUUCCGCGCACUCCCCCUCCAGCCGGAUCAAAAGCUCACAACGACCCCUUGAACCACCCUCCCGCAUUCAUCUUCACGGGUUCUCAAGAUCGGACCAUCAAGAAAUGGGACACUAGUAAAUUAGGUGUCUCACAAUCAACUCCCAAGGCAGCAUAUACCAGAAAAGCGCACGAAAAAGACAUCAAUUCCUUGGAUGUCAACUAUACAGCAACAUUGUUUGCCUCUGCUUCACAGGAUCGAACUGUCAAGAUCUGGUCUGCAGAAGACGGAUCGGUGGUUGGUGUCCUUCGUGGCCACAAGCGAGGAGUAUGGUCUGUUCGAUUCUCGCCCCGUGAAAUGCCCAUUAUCAGCUCAAAUGCUGGUACCAGCACCAGUCGCGGCUUGAUUGCAACAGGUUCAGGUGACAAGACCGUCAAGAUCUGGAACUUGGCCGACUUCAGUUGUCUUCUCACAUUUGAGGGUCAUACAAACAGUGUCCUGAAAGUGAUUUGGCUACCGCCUUCGCAACUGUCGUCUGAAAAUGAUGCAGAUGGAGAUGAGUCCAAGACCCAGGCUCGCCCACUUCUUGCCUCUUCUGCUGCAGAUGGUUUGGUGAAGAUUUGGUCUCCUUAUAGCGGUGAAUCAGAAGCCACUCUUGACAACCACACAGACAGGGUCUGGGCUCUCGCUUCCCCGACACCCUCCGGAUCUCGAUCUGAUGUCAUAUCACCAUCAAUUUCUCCAUACUCGUUGAUUUCAGGAGCUGCUGACUCCACCGUCACUUUCUGGACGGAUACAACCUCUGCCACCCUGACUGCAGCCGUGUCUGCCAACUCCGCUCGCAUUGAGCAAGACCAGCAAUUACAGAAUUAUAUCCGUACCGGCGCAUACAGAGAAGCUAUCACACUCGCUCUUCAACUCAAUCACCCUGCUCGACUACUUUCACUAUUCACCGCCGCCAUUGAUGAGAGUGACGGAAAAAAGAGCGAGAAAGACGGAGAUAACAAUACCGACUCUGAGUUGACUGGAAACAGCUCUGUGGACCAAGUGCUGCAGUCCCUCGAUCAAGAUAAUCUAUACCUCUUACUCCUCCGUCUUCGUGAUUGGAAUACAAACGCCCGCACCGCAAAAGUUGCUCAACGCAUUCUUUACACUCUUGUUCGCUCAUACCCAGCAUCAACAUACAUUGAACUCGCAAACCGCCCACCUCCCGCAACCGCUACCCAGGGCAAGCGAAGCCGAAAAGAUGUCGGCGGUUUGUCAUUGAAGGAGAUAUUCAACGCUUUGUCGUCGUACACUGAUCGACACUAUCGACGGGUUGAAGAACUUGUGGACGAGAGUUAUCUUGUUGAAUGGAUUCUGGAUGAGAUGGAGGGUGGUAUGGGUCUAGUGUCUGGUGUGUCCGCGGACAAGACUGCUGAUAACCUUUCUGGACAGGAGGAUGUUGUUAUGCUUGAAGUAUGA